UGAAGAAUCCUAACGAACUCAAAAAGAUUCUCUCUCAUUCUGUUACAACUUCGCCGCCGAUUUGAAUCUCCGAUGGCCACCUCAAGCCAUCUCUUUCUCCUCUUCCUCAUCACCACCGUCACAUUCCUCACUUCCGCCGCUUCUCCAGCGUAUCUCACGUCCCAAGAUCACCAACACGCCGACAGAAUCAUCGAAGCAAUGAUCGGAGCCGGAGAUUUCCGUGACUGGGCCGCAGAUUUUCUCUCCGCCGUCGAUGACCAAUUCGGUAUCCCUCUCUCCGCCACUAUCUUCAUCCCAAGCGAUUUCGACUCCGCUGAUAUCUCCUCCUCCUCUUCCUCCACCACUGGCAACAACAACGCUAAUCCCCGUCGUCUCUCCGUCGCUUACCACAUCGUACCUCAACGACUCUCCUUCACAGAUCUUCGUCUCUUCAAACCACUCUCUCGUCUUCCGACUCUUCUCCCCGGAAACACAAUCGUCGUCACUAACAACUCUGUUCCCGGUUACGCACUCGACGGCGUUCUUGUCUCUGAACCGGAUCUUUUCCUCUCUUCUUCAAUUGCUAUUCACGGCGUUGCUUCGUCUCUUGAUUUCUCACGUUACGGCGAUUUUGGUACCGGUGAUACUACUUUAGCUGAUAGUCUCCGUCCUUGGCCUUUUCAGCCUUCUAGUCGCCGUCGUCAUCCCGAUGGAUCCAACAGUGACACCAAUCAAACCUCUGCUUCUGCAUCCACAGUACAUUUCUCAACUGGCUCGUUCUUGCUUCCAUUGGCGACUCUGGCUCUGUUCUGACUCAACAUUCCGGCGACUUUUUCCGGCGAAGUAACCGUCAAGAUUCCACUAACGGCGUGAAAUAUCUCUUUUUUGUCUUUACAAGAUUUUUUAGACUCAAAGUCUAAUUUUUUUCAAGAUUUUGUGAAACUCUGUUACAUAAUGUAAAGUUUUUCACAUUAAGCAAUAGCAAAUUUUCUUGAUUUUUGAAAGAAGAAUUUCUAUUAUUAUGACUUUUCUUUUCUAGUUUACACUUCACUAACGCUAAGGUUAGGUUAUUUGUUCUUGCUAUGAUAAAUAAGAACAAAAGAUUAUGAAUAAUAAAUGCCCCCAAAACAAAAAAAAAAAAUCAGAAAGAAAUUUCUUCUCUCUAUCUAUCUAAAAGAUAUGUCAUUGUUGUUUCUGU